UGGACGGUGAGGAAGCACAGUCAGAGAAUACUUAAUUGUUUGAAAGUAUUAAUUCAUUAAUCAGCAUUUGAGUGCCUACUGUGCCCCAGUCAGCAUGAUUAGCCCCAGAAACACUAUGGUAGUUCUCGGGCUGGGAAAAGGGAGUGGAGAACGUAAUACCUGGAACAGGAAGCAAGACUCAGGAAAGAAGCUUUCAACUGAAGACUCUAUGCACUGCAGUUCUUUCAACAGAGAGCUGACUGAUAUUUGAAGAAGUUUUUCAUUUCUCCAAGAAGAAUAUAAUGUAUCUUCCUCAAGCUUCACUUUUAUUCUUAAAUACAUUUAUUUUUAUUUGUGGACAAGUUAUACAAGGUAACUGUGUACAUCAUUCUAAGGACUCUCCAGCAGUUAAUGUUGUAGAAGACGUAUCUAAUGCAAAAGAUGAGAGUAAAAGUAAUGAUACUGUUUAUAAGGAAGACUGUGAGGAGUCAUGUGAUGGUAAAAUUAAAAUUACACGAGAAGAAAAACAUUUUAUGUGUAGAAAUUUGCAAAAUUCUAUUGUUUCCUACACCCGAAGUACCAAAAAGCUGCUAAGAAACAUGAUGGACGAGCAACAGACUUCCUUGGAUUAUUUAUCCAAUCAGGUUAACGAGCUCAUGAACCGGGUUCUCCUUCUGACCACAGAAGUUUUCAGAAAGCACCUGGAUCCUUUUCCCCACAGGCCGGUUCAGUCACAUGGUUUAGAUUGUACUGAUAUUAAAGAUACCAUUGGCUCUGUCACCAGAACUCCAAGUGGUUUAUAUAUAAUCUACCCGGAAGGAUCUAGUUACCCGUUUGAGGUAAUGUGUGACAUGGAUUACCGAGGAGGUGGAUGGACCGUGAUACAGAAGAGGGUUGACGGGGUCAUUGAUUUCCAAAGGCUGUGGUGUGAUUAUCUGGACGGAUUUGGCGACCUUUUAGGUGAAUUUUGGCUAGGACUAAAAAAGAUUUUUUAUAUAGUAAAUCAGAAAAAUACCAGUUUUAUGCUGUAUAUUGCAUUGGAAUCUGAAGAUGACACAUUUGCUUAUGCAUCAUAUGAUAACUUUUGGCUAGAAGAUGAAACAAGAUUUUUUAAGAUGCACUUAGGACGGUAUUCAGGAAAUGCUGGUGAUGCUUUCCGGGGCUUCAGGAAAGAAGAAAACCAAAACGAAAUGCCUUUCAGCACAUCGGAUGUGGAUAAUGAUGGGUGUCGCCCUGCAUGCCUAGUCCAGGGUCAGUCCGUGAAAAGCUGUAGUCACCUGAGUAACAACACCGGCUGGUGGUUCAGCCAGUGUGGUCUAGCGAACUUAAAUGGCAUUCAUCACUUCCCCGGAAAAUUGCUUGCAACUGGAAUCCAGGGGGGCACAUGGACCAAAAACAACGCACCUGUCAGGAUUAAAUCUGUUUCAAUGAAGAUUAGAAGAAUUUACAAUCCAUAUUUUAAGUAAUCUCCUUUUAAAUUGUAGUGUGCGUUCCACAGUUAUUUUUGAUAAUAUAGAAGGGAUUUUACAUGGUUUCCCCUUUUACUGUUUCAAACAAUUUAGCCAAAAUUUAACUAUAGAUGACAUCUAGGUGUUAGGGGUUUAAUUAGAAAUCUUUACUUUUGGGCGCCUGGGUGGCUCAGUUGGUUAAGCGACUGCCUUCGGCUCAGGUCAUGAUCCUGGAGUCCCGGGAUCGAGUCCCGCAUCGGGCUCCCUGCUCGGCGGGGAGUCUGCUUCUCCCUCUGACCCUCCUCCCUCUCAUGCUCUAUGUAUCUCAUUCUCUCUGUCUCAAGUAAAUAAAUAAAAUCUUUAAAAAAAAAAAAAGAAAUCUUUACUUUUGUAGAGUUUUAUAAAACAUGGCUCAAUGUAUGCUUUUACUACUAAGCACAUUAAC